AUGCCAGCGGCAACAACUCGCUCUCGCUCUCGCCUGCCUCGCUCGCAGUCGGCGCAGGCAGGAGGCAUAGGCAUCCAGCGCUUCACGCGAACAUCCAAGCCCGGCGCUCUUGCUGCUUCUGCAUCGUCCAAGUCGCUCCUGCUGCCCGAAGCCUCGCCUUCCAAGAAACGCAAGCUCAACGAAAUCACCAACGAACAGGGGAAAUCCGUCGUCGCGGACACUCCGUCCAAAACCCUGAAAUUCAGCAAUCUCUCCGUCUCGACGCCGCGCAGCUCCAGGAUUAGCAAACAACAGAAAUUGCCAUCUGUCAAGAAAUUCUCCGUCAAACUCAGCGACCACGACACCGCACAUCCCGCCGCAUUCACCGACUUUGCGAAUCUGCAUUCCUCCUUUUUAAAAGCGCUGUCCCUGCACUCUGCUCAUAAUGAUGCCUCGACAGCCACGGAUCUGCGAGAGCUGCUGCCCAGUAUCGAGAAGAUAUGGAAGAAGCGCAAGGUCGCGGUCAAGGAUGUGCAGAGGAUAGUGCAGGUAUGGAAUCAGGGUAAUGAAAACGGGGGGCGGUUUCGAAUUGCAAACUAUGGACUUGGUAAAGUCUGUCUUGAACGAUGCAUGGAUAACAAUAAUACGGCGGGGCUCCUGGAUGAGAAUCGGCUUCAGGAACGGUUCGUCUCGCUUUUGGACCAGAAAUGGAGGGAACAACAGCAAGUCGCACAGAAAGAGGAAACCCACAAAGAUGUAUUUGAUGUGGACAAACUGGAUCUCGCUCCCAUCCACGACUGUCUUACCCCGCUCACCACAUUCCGCAAGGGCCAGCAGCGACUACAAGAUCUCAAGGGCGGCGUGAUCAAGGCCAAAACCGCAUUGAUGAAAGCCGCCGAAACAACCCCAACAGCUGCAGACGCUGUAUCGCGCGACCCCGUAGCGGAUCGUCGCAAAGGCCUGUUCGAGCGUAUCAAGAACAAGGAGCUUUUGCAGUCGAAACUCGGCCCUGCGCCGACAAAGGAGCAGCUACUCCGUCGGUCUGCCGCCCAGCGCGCUGAGGAGGUGGCUCAAGUGCUUGCCAUGCUGAGGCCUCCUCACACGAUGACAAGAACGGGCUGCGUCGUCAUGCAGAAGAAACCAUUUAUAUCGCAGAGUCUUAUACAAACAGUGCAGGACUCUCUGCGCAAUCCUAUCCCUGCCGAUGAGAUUGCCGCGUGUUUGGAUAUACUAGCCCAGCAGGAUGUGGCGGGGGACUGGAUUGAGGUUGUUACUGUUGGUACCCUGAAGUCGGUGGUGUUGAUGUCUGGCUAUGAUGUGUCGCCGAGGGAUAUUGGGAUUAAAGUGAGCAAGAUGCAGUUUUGA